UAGCGAACAACUUGUGGAGGUUUUGUGUGUGUUGGAAGUAUCCUACAAGACAAUGGAGCAGGAAAGUGAAAGAACAUCCUUGGUGACGCUGUUGUCUGGCUUGAACUUAGACGAAGAGGAGAUACAACGUUUUAAACAAGAAAAUAUUGGCUUGGAGACAUUUGUAUUAUUGUCAGAGUAUGAUCUAAUUGAGAUUGGUAUUAAGGACCGUGCAAAGAGAGAAGCAAUAAUGAAAGUCGUAUGUAACUUGCGGUCAGGAGGCACUAAACAAAAGCAAGAUGUAACAAGACUUGGGCCUUUAAGCUGGAAGGAUGGCCUGACAAUAGUGGCAAACAGCAGCCAGCAUUUGGAACUAUUGUAUGGAGUGGUGAAGUAUGUAAGAAGCCAGCAGCGCACUCAUGGAAGAAGGUCUCCAGUGGUAGUUGGGUUCCUGGAUAAGAAGUGGUCCUGUAGUAUGGCAUUACUGGCCUGUGCUGCUAUGGCGGCAUCGCAGGCUGAGUGUGCUUGCAAAGAGAUGGAACGCUUGAAGUUGAGAGUUGCUGGCACUACUGUUGACCAAAAAGUUGGACAGCAUGGAAACACCACAAGACUGGUAUCAGUGUUUUUAGCAAGCAUAGUAAUUGUGAGUUUCAUGUUGUGGAAGACUAAUAGUUUACCAGUGCAUGUCUCUGUGUUUAGGCUUUGAAAUUGUAUGUAGAAGAAGGAACAUGGCUGUUCUUUUCUUCUUUUUUUCAGUAUUAACAUUUGAUAACACUUCAAAGAACUUACAUGACAUGUUGGACAUUAUUUAUUUAGCAUUAAAACAAUAUUCUUUAUUCCAUAUGUGAGAAGUCUAUUGGAUAGUAGGAGAAUUUAAAAGUAGUUGUUACUUGAUGCAUUUGAAGUUUUGAACAUUUCCAAUAAUUGGUUUAAUGCUGAAAAACUCAGGCAAUUGAAGACUGUCAUUAAAUAAAAGAAGAAUGAAUAAUCCAAUUUUUCAUGAUAUAGGAAAACUUACUUUGAUACUUCUUGACUUAAUAAGGAUAAAAUCAUAGAAAUGGUGAAGGAUAAGGGAACUGACCCCAUGGAGUAGUGACCCUUCUGAGAAACUGGUGGUCACUCAGUUUGUCAAGAAAUUGGUCCUUUUAUGGAACUGAAGGUUCAUUACUAUAUUCAUAUGAACCUUCCACUUGUCCUUAUCCAAAGCCUUAUGAAUCCAGUCCAUAGCUUUAUUCCUUGUGUUGCAAUGAACCAGUUUAAUAUUAUUCUUUCAAUUUGUACAUCAUCCAUGUUGUCUCUUUGUUUAAUUUUCUUUGAUUAAAACUAUACAUUUGUCUCUUCCAUACAUUUAUAUGCUGUCAUCCCCUUUGGUUUAAUCAUCCUAAUAAUAUUUGGUGAAUAAUAAAAAUUAUGAAGCUCA